UCUUUUCCGGGGGGCUAGAGGUUGUGCAAAGCCUUUUCGAUUUAGCCCUGCAGAUUCCGCGAAAUUGCUCCGCCGUUGUCGGUGCUGUUAAAUCCGGCAACUCCUCGUCCGUCAAGCGGCUAUUUAGCCCUGGGACACGGGCAGAUGUUUCUUGUCGCCUCCUCUUCGUCGUCUUCCACGCCGUGCGACCGAGCGGGGAAGGAGCGGAAAAAACCUCGGCUUCGGCGAGCUCGCGUACGUGUUGCCGCCUCGUUUGCCUGUGCCGUCCGAGGUUGUAGCCUGCCUGCUCUGCUCCUCGGGAGAUCUCUUUCUUUUCUCUGCCCGAAAAGACACCGCUUGUUUGCUUAUUUAACAGCCGCCACCGCCACCCCGUCGUCUUCUUCUGGGCGCACACCAGAGGCUGGGAACCUUAAAGCGGAACAGGGUUCAUGGAGGGUGGAGGCGCAAGAAAUGUUUCUGCAGCGGCAGCACAGACAAAGGAAAGUGCGGAUGAUGGCUCCUGCAAGCCACUGCCUCCUUGCUGUGUCAAGGCGCAGGCUGCUGUGGCGGAAUCUGAGGCCAAGUGCCACGCUACUGUGGUGUCUGGGUGGUUCACAGGAACCCGGUCACGCUCUGGCAAACCAAGCAAAGCGCAGUACUUCAACAAUCCAAUGUGGCCUGGGGAGGCUCAUUCGUUGAAAGUAGAGAAGAUUUUGUACCAGGGGAAAUCGCCAUACCAAGAAGUUUUAGUAUUUGAGUCUUCAACCUAUGGGAAUGUCCUUGUGCUUGAUGGAAUUGUUCAGCUCACUGACAAGGAUGAAUGUGCAUACCAGGAAAUGGUUACUCACCUUGCACUGUGCUCAAUUCCAUCUCCUAAAAAUGUUUUGGUUGUCGGAGGUGGUGAUGGUGGUGUACUACGAGAAAUAGCCAAGCAUGAUUCAGUGGAGAGUAUAGACAUAUGUGAGAUUGAUCAGCUAGUUAUUGAUGUUUGUAAAGAUUUUUUCCCACGUCUAUAUGUUGGAUAUAAAGACCCUCGUGUCAAACUUCAUGUUGGUGAUGCUGUGGAGUUCUUGAGAAACUCUCCAGAAGGAAAAUAUGAUGCCAUUAUUGUUGAUUCAUCAGAUCCAAUUGGGCCAGCUCAGGAACUUGUGGAGAAGCCCUUUUUUCAGACAAUUGCUAGGGCUUUAAAGCCUGGCGGUGUUCUUUCUAAUCUAGCUGAAAGUAUGUGGCUGCACACACAUCUAAUCCAGGAUAUGCUUUCUAUCUGUCGAGAGGUAUUCAAGGGUGGCGUGCGCUAUGCCUGGGCAAGUGUUCCAACAUAUCCUAGUGGUGUCAUUGGAUUUUUGCUAUGUGCGAAGGAAGGUCCACCGGUGGACUUCUUAACUCCUGUGAAUCCAAUCGAGAAAAUUGAAGGAGCUACUAAAGAUGGACGAGAGAUGAGAUUUUACAAUUCAGAGAUUCAUAAGGCUGCUUUUAUUCUGCCAACGUUUGUAAAGAGGGAGCUGGAGGCAUAUAACUCUUCCACUGAAAAGGAGAGACCGGAGAAGCCAACCGCAAAACCAGUGAAGAUGAAGGUAAUGCGGGACAGCGCUAUUACCGCUUCCUAGACCGCGGGCGGACACCUGUGUGCUAUCCAUCUUCCCCGAUGAGACCCGCCGCACCUGUAUAUCCACGUUCCACGCCUGUCCUUUGCUACCAAAUUUUAUUCAAUAGUUACAUGAUUGUGUGGUGCUCUAGCAUAGUUGCGUGACACAACUGAGGGUGUAAUAUCACUAAAUGUGUAUGGUGUGUUGCAGUUGGUGAAUAAAGGAGCAAACAGAAGGGGAUGUGUGAUGUGUUUCCCUUAUCUGUAACAUGUA